CAAAUUAUAGUUAUUUAAUAAAUUAUAAUGUGAUGAAAUUCCCUGUUUUUGGAGGACCAUGAUUCUCCUAAAAUUAUUAAGUUUUUCGUUUAUUGUCAUGGCGUUUGCUUAUGAUUAUGAAGAUUUGGAAUAUGAGGAAGAUUAUAAAGAUUACCUGGAUGAUGAUCCAGAGGAGCCUCCUCCGAGGGUCAGACGGUUCCCCAGUCUUUUCAGCUCGCAGAAAAACCCUCUCGAAAUUCGUGAUGUUAGGGAUGCAGUGAACCAACUACUAGCUACCAUAGACGAGGGAACCACGAAGUACACAUACCGACCCACAAGGCUACCUCUCUUCGAAGACAUGGAGUACACAGAUCAAGCUGAGAUGCCAACUCCUCAGUCUAUAGUUUAUGACUAUACGAGCAAACCCACGCGCUCGAGCGCAGUCGGAUGGUUGAGGGCAAAGUCAAAAUCUUCUAGUGCUAGCACGACCGAAGCAACGAACGCGACAACAGUAACGAACGCAACGACGACUGUAUCAACGAUAGCAACAGCAAGAUGGCCGCUCGACGUGCCCGCGCUGCUCGACCUCAUCGCGGUGCUCGCGGCGGACUACGAGACGAACCUGACGAGGAAACUGAACGAGUCUCUGAUGCAGAUGUCGAUACCCACGUGCGAAACGUUCACGCCCGUGAAGGUGACCACGUCGGAGUAUGAUGCUAACGCAACGGGCACUGUUAUUGCUAAGUGUUUCGUAUGCGGCCUGGAAGAGGAAGGCGUGCCCCACUCUGCCCCGUGCGCGGACGCGUUCGCCGGGGACUUUCUGCCCCUAGUGCCCGUCGACCCCACCGCAAGGGCCAAGAUAUCGAAGUACAGGAAGUAUUGUAAAUAUUUGAACAUCAAAGGCUACAAGUACAACGAGACGCAGCCCCGCGCGAUAUUCGGCCGCUGGACAGGCGGCUGCGGCGUGCGCUGGAUCGACCUGAGCGGCAUCUACACGCAGCGCACGUGCCGCAGCCGCUUCCAGGCCACUAUGGGGAAACAUUACGCUAGCAAGCGCAUGGCUAGGUUGGAGAUGGCUCUACUGACCCUAGACAAUGGCUGUAUAGUGAGCCCCAUGGCGACUCUAGUUCCACUAUCCCGUGGUGUCUCUCUGUUUGCGCGGUUUCAUGCCUGCGUGUGUACCGGCAGCUGGUGUAAUAGAGCCAUACAAAACGCGCAAUGGACAUCAAACAUUUUCAUAUUGUCGCUACUAAUUAGACGAUUAUAAUAUUGGUCAAGUGGAUCUUAUAUUUGGUGAUCGGAAUUAUGUGUUGAACAAACGUUAUAGCUUGCUUGUUCGAUACUGCAUUUGUUUUUGGAAGUUGGUAACUUAAGCGGCAAUGUAGGAUGAACAAGCGAUUAUGUUUAACUUCACGGAUUAGUGAAUAGUUAGAUACAGUUCGAUUCAAACAUAAUGGCGGUUUGGAAGUUAGGUGCAGGUGCGAGUGCGGGUGCGCUAGUCAAGUCCCUUAACGUCCCACUAAUAUCUAAAAUUGUUUUCUGCGCGGACCGUAGGAUGUUCCGAGCCACUUAGCAAUGUUUCCUCUAUUCAUUUUCUACCUGGUUAUUUCUUAUGUGACCAUUAUCUGUAUUAAAUAUACUUAUUUUAAUCAAUACAAAAUAGCUUUGAUUUAUAUUCAGGCUUAUAAUCUUUAUACUUGUAAAAUAACCGUAACCUUUCGAAUUGUCUGCUUAUCUCUGUGUAAUUUUUUUAAAUAUGUAAGUACAAUGAACGUAAUCUACUAUACCUACAUAUAAAUAUAUUUUAAUUUUUUGAUGAUAUACAGUAUGUGAUGUACCUUUUGGAAAUAAAGAUUGUACCUAUUU